AUGGCAUCCAGAAAUAAGAAGGGCGCCAAAAGUCCUCGGCCUUUGCUGACAUUUUCCUGGACAGAGUCCAAUGCUGGGGGGUUGAAAUCCUCAAAUGAUAAAUUCUCUGACCCUGUUGGUAAAGAGAUCGGCGCCAUCAGAACGUUACAAACCAUCAUUGAGCCACAACAAGAUGAAAUCAACACUCAACCCAAGCUAAACUCCGACUCCCAGAAACACUUGGAGGUGAAGAAGAGGCGCGUCAUUAUGUUCCAUGAAACAGUCGAAGAAUUCUUAGGUGCUUUUACAGAAAGUCAUGAGGAGACAAAGGAAACAGAAAGCCAGUCUGCCGAUAUCCAACAUAGAAAUCAACCAGUCAAGAAACAGCAUCACCCAGCCUCCUUAGAGAAUGAGAUGGAUAUCCAAGCCGCUGUCUAUGAGCAGGAGAUGCGAGCCCUGGCUUCCAAACUCGAAAUAGCAAGGAACGAGAUAGCUCAGCACCACUCUGAUAUCUCAACACUCCAUGAGGACAUUGCUGCAAUUUCGUUGCAUUCCCAACACUUAGCCGCGAAUAACAAGGCCUUGGUCCAAGACAACUCGGACCUACGCCGCCACAUCGCAGGACGGGCUGUCAGCAAUGAGGCACCAUCCAGUACGACUUCAUUCACAAGAAACGGCACUAACUCCGCAUCGGAUGGCAGUACUAGGUUAAAAGGCAAGAAACGUGAUCACGGUUCAGUGAAAGCCCCGAAUCAGCGGCUUGUUACUGGUAAUUGCGAUUCAUACACCCAGGACCCUCUUGGCCGUACAUAA